GGAGCUGCUGCUGCUGCUGCUGCUGCUGCUGCUGCGCGGGGCCGGGAUGGGCUGCGGCGGGAGCCGCGCCGAUGCCAUCGAGCCGCGCUAUUACGAGAGCUGGACCAGGGAGACGGAGUCCACUUGGCUGACCAACACGGACGCCGCCGAGCCUCAGCAGCAGCCGCUGCCCGCCGCCGGCCCGGAGAGCGGCGACGCCGACGCCGGCCUGAAGAGCCCCGGACUUUUAGAGGACAGCAAAUCAACCCAGACCUGCAUGGCAAAAUCUUCAAUUUCAAGUGGCACGGCUAUUCCUGAAAAAAGAGCUCAUUGUGCUACACAGUGUACAAAAUUAUCAACUCACACCACUGGAAAUGCAGCCCAGAAGCCACAAAAUAGCUUUAAAACCUCAGAGGUUAAAUGGGACAAAAAAAGAGCUACAAAAGAAGUUAGUAGUAACACUGCCAAAACAGACAAAUACAAACAAAUAAAUAGCAACAGAAGAGUCGCAAAGAACGGUAUCAAUUAAGGAAGCACUGAAAAAAGGUGAAUGAAUUCUGCAAUAUCUUGCUGCACUUUACCUGACUGCAUAAUGCAGGGAUCUGGAAUUUCAACGCUGAUGUUAUGCUGAAUGUGGCGGACAACUGAUGCUGAGUGCCUUUGGAAAAACGAUGGACUUUUAUUAGCUCUGCAGUUCUGUCAGCACUGGAAGCUUGAAUACUUUUUCUUGUCCUGUACUUGAUGAGCUUGGCCAUCAAUUAGGAAGUAACUGGUUUGAUUUUUACUUUGCCACUAGCUAAGUAACUAACUCAUGGUAACUUAAGUUAAUUUCCUAUGAAGAAAAAUAUAAAUCAAAUGAUCCAGGGACGCUAGAAAAACUUCUCAGAAAUUAGGGCUAGUGUGGACUCUUAAGAGACCACAAAGACAAAAUUUUUCCCAGGAUGAUCCUGGCCUGGUUCUUCAGCUCUUCUGAUGGUGCACAGUUAUCAUCUAGAUUAAUUCAAUUUUAAUAUUAAAUGUUUAUUAUCUGAAACCAAAAUGUGAUCACAGCAAUCGCUGUAUGCAAAAUAGCACCCCUCGUGAUCCUGUCAUUAAUGUGCUGAUAUACCACAAGAGAGUUCUACUGUACUAUGACAGAUAACUUGCUGCUACCUAAAAUAGAUGGCUCAAAAUUGUGUCACUGUAAAUAACUGUGUGACAGGUGUAAAACAUUUAAGAAUGCAGUAUCCUGCUUGGCCAUAUAGGAAGCUUGCACUGGGUUGUUGUGCUAUAAUAGUUAAUACUCAUUUUUCGGGAAAAUCAAUUCCCUCUGCCAAUGUGCCACAAUGUGGCGUGUGCACCACACAGUGUGCCACACAGGACAGGCCUAAUUCAACUGUCAGUCUCAUUGGCAGCUGUCUAAAACCACAAGUGAUUCGUUUUCAAGAAUAAUUCUCACAAAGUUCCCUGGCAUGAAAUGAAAAGGAAGAAUUGCAACAAACUGUGAAUUAUAUUCAAAGUUGAAAUAACCUGUAUCCACCAAUAUUGGGGCGGACGUUUUCUGAUUUUCUAACCAUUUUUCUAUGGUUCAGAAAGCAGGUGCUCUCUGCAUUGAUAACGAGGAAAAUUUCAUCUGACCGUGUGAUCAAAGCUCAGCUUUGAUAUUAUUUUGAUAACAAAAAGCCUGACUGAAAGUCUUGAGUUUCACAUUGGCACAUUUAUUCCUGCUGAAAAUCAUGCUGCUAUAAAAUAGUAAAAUUAUGCCAAAUGCAUUGUUUAUUUAUUUGUUGUUUUUGUAAGACUACACAAUUCAAAAAGAACUCAAGAGUGCCAUAUAGCAGUGACAUGGUUUCGUGUGCUGCUUGCAUUCCGUGGAUAGGGCUUCACUUGUUUGUGCAGCCUGGUUUCUGGCAUGCCUCGGAGUGGUGCCAGUCCACGGACGGGGGGUUGGGGACUCCUGCCAUAUGGGAUUUAAAACAGAUUUUAAAAAUUGACUAAAUAUGACAAUAUAGAAAGAUAGUUUGAUUUCACUUGAAGGGCAACUGAUGUAAAGUUCAAAAUGCUUAAUAGUGAUAGAAGAUAUUUUUGAUGGUCACAGCACGAAAAAGUAAGUUUUAGGAUGAAAUUACAUGUGACAGUGUGAGGGAAGUGCAUAUUUGUUCAUGAAUUUCCAUUUUUCACAUUUGCAUAAUAUACACUUCCCCAAAUGUUUAAUUCCUGCCCUUGUGGUAAAAAUCCUUUUUAACGCACUGUACACUUAAUAAGAGCUUCAAAUAGAGGGGUGGGGUGGAGAAUUAUCCCUUGAUUGUGUCUUUUCAAAAGAGAAAAAAUGUAUAUACUAUAUUCGAGUCUCUAAUUUCAAUGGAGAAGCAGAGCUGUUUUACAGCAAGGCUAAAUUUUCCAAGCAGAAGUCUAAUCUAUAAAUUAAUAAAAUAUAAAUCAGUAAACAAAUUAAGUGACCAGAUUACUGGAGAGAAUCAAAGCUGAACAAUUAUCAAUGUAUUGAAUGAGAACCUUAAUUAACACAGAAGAGAGACGUUUUGGAAAUGUAACUAGAAAAAUGUGAACUAUUAAAAGAAAUUGCUUGAUACAGAAA